AUGCCGCAUGGGGUUUACUGCCUCUCUCACUCUCACUCUCACUUUCUCUGCUCUCUCUCACUCUCCACACUCACCCUUGAGGCCAAGGAUCGUGAGAAGGCGAUACGUCAGUCCGCAGGAACAAGCGCGACUUCUGGGGCCGCGAGAACAGCACCAAUGGCCACCAGAGGAGCCAGAGGAGGGGCGCCUAGCUUGACCAACUGUUCACCCUGCCACGCACCACACAAACUUGCCUCUCAGUGGAGAUAUAAACGGUCAAUGCUAGGCCCCCGGACGAGAGGAAUUGCCGCCAGCUUAUGGCGAAAAGAGUUCGACGCUCCGACUUCCCUCACGGUCCUUGUGGGACCUGUCUCGGUCUGCAGUAGAUUGCUCGUCAUCAUGGAUCUGUCCCAGACAUGUCUUUUACAUGACACUUGCUAUUCCGGGCGUUGGAAAUGCAUUCCUCUGAAGGUUCUCACAGCAAAUCUUCCAGCGGGGCCGCCAAUGACGCCACCCGACGGACCCUUGAAAAAGAGACUAAAAAAAAUGAGAAAAGUCGAGGCCUGUAGGCUUGCCGGAGCAAAUGCAAAAAAAGCGGCCAGCAUCACGUGGUCCAUGCCAUCCAACAAUAUGAUGAUCAAAUGGUCGCCUCUCAAUGACCCACGUGGAUUUGUUUUGAUGGAUCACGAACUGCCGGGAAUAGCCUCACUCACUCACUUAUUCACUCACUCACCUGCCACGGUCCUCAGCACUUCUUCACUCAUCGGCCACUGUCUCAUUCCGUCAGUCUCAAACCUGUACUACCUAGAUCCUCAAUCGCCCUUUCAAAGCGACACCAUCAUAAGAUGGCCGACGCUCGCUGCUGCACGGCCGCUUGCAGACCUCGUCGCAUUCCAUCUUCACAACCUCACCAUCAAUCCAGGAAAACACACCUGGACCUUGACGCUGAAAACAGGGGAUUCUUUGUUUUUCAUCAGCAUUCCUCAUCCUCGUCAAUCUGAAUCUCGACCCGACCUCCAUGAUCCUUUCCUGGUGAUGCUCAGCUCAAUCAUCAACUCAACUGUCAUGAUCACUCCGCGCAACUACUGGCACUGCGAGUACCCUUCACACCCAUUAGCACACCCAAUCAGACUCACAGAAGCAUCAUCGGCACUCACAGUCAUUGACCUUGACACACGUGAACGAACUCGCGCACUACCCCAAGAAUGUCAGCACUCAGCUCAGUCUCCUCAUCACCCCGUGGCAACAUACCGCAGUGCCGUCCCGGAUCCUCCGGCUGCCGUGGUCGUUGUCGCUGCCGCCGUGGAGGUUCGCAGCGUCGUAGAUGCGCGGCUCGUCGUCGCAGAGACCGUCGCAGCAGCGGAUGAGCUCACCGGCGUCUAG